UUAUAUUCCCUUCUGCAGGCAGCAAGUCAACAGACUAAAAAAGCAUCUCUUCAAUCUGUGGAAAAAAGGGAGGAGUUGGGUUAUGGGCAGCUACUGCACAAAGAGAGAAACCACCGAAAUCUGCAAGUAUUGUCUGGCACUGGAGAGGGCGAUGGAGGAGUGAAAGAUCUGAGCAACAGGGGUAAGCCUCUCCGGAUUUUCAAAGUGAUUGCCUCUGGGAGUGAAGUCGUCGCAUACAUCUGCAAUUAUCACGUCCAUUUAUCUAUUGAUGAAGGGACUGGUGAUGUUUACGCUUGAUGGUUUUUGUUAAUGGAGUGAUUCAGCUGUUUUUCUCAUAAAGGAAUCAUUAUGUAAAUCAAUUUUGCCUCCCCCCAAGGAGCUCAGUUCCUUUUGUUUAUGUUCACGGCAAAUCAUUUUUUUAAGCCUGAACAGUGGGACAGCUGCACACUAGGACUCCAGUCGCUGCUACCUGGAAUUUGUGAUACAUAAAUCUGGAGAUGUUUGUGGGGAAAGCCACUGUGUGUAAACUGGGGAUGUGUAGAGCUGGCUGCUAGGAAACAACAUUUGGUGAAGAAGCACCUGCCUUGUCACGAGCAAUUAUGGUUGAAGCACCACCAGCCGAGUCGGUCGCCCUGGGGCCACCCAGACAGAAUGAUUCCCAGGAGACCCCUGUCAAAAAGUCCAGCUCGCUGAAACCAUCGUGGAGAGAGAUCACGGUGAGUUUCAUAAUGAGGACCAAGAUCCACGGUUUAAAGUUUGUCUUCUCUCCGGACAAGUCCAAACCACAGCGAGUCGUCUGGAUCAUGGCCUUCUUUGUUUGUGUCAGUCUCCUUUGCACCUGGUCCUGGAAUCGAAUCCUCUACCUGAUGUCCUACCCCGCCAUCACAAAGAUUUACAUGGUGUGGGCUCACAACAUGUCCUUCCCGGCUGUCACCUUCUGCAAUAAAAACGUUUUCCGCGCGUCCACUCUGACCAGGGAUGACCUGUAUCACAGCGGCUACUGGAUGGACCUCAUGUAUCCUAAUCACACGGUGAUGGAGAAGAGCCUGUCCAUCCUUAAAGACAGCCACAAGCAGGGUCUCCUGAGCCUGCUGGACUUCAACAACUACAGUCCGCACCCCGAUUACCGCAUCAACACCACCGAGAUGAUGGGACGCCUCGGCCACCAGUUGGAGGACAUGCUGCUGGAGUGCAGGUUCCGCGGGGAAACCUGCACCUACAAAAACUUCAGCACUAUUUACACGCGCUACGGAAAAUGCUACACAUUCAACUCGGGAUUAGACGGUAACCCUUUGUUGACGACGUUAAAAGGCGGCACCGGGAACGGCUUGGAAAUCAUGUUGGAUAUUCAGCAGGAUGAAUACCUGCCUGUGUGGGGAGAGACAGAUGAGACCUCCUACGAAGCAGGCAUCAAGGUUCAGAUCCACAGCCAGGACGAGCCGCCCUUCAUUGAUCAGCUGGGAUUUGGUGUGGCCCCUGGUUUUCAAACUUUUGUGUCAUGUCAGCAGCAACUGCUUCAGUACCUCCCUCCGCCUUGGGGAGAUUGCAAGUCUACGCCCAUAGACUCUGAAUUCUUCUCCACGUACAGCAUCACCGCCUGCCGCAUUGACUGUGAAACCCGGUACCUGCUGGAGAACUGCAACUGCAGGAUGGUUCACAUGCCUGGAACCUCCACAGUUUGCACUCCUGAGCAGUACAAAGACUGUGCUGACCCAGCUUUAGACUUUUUGGUAGAGAAAGACAACGAUUACUGUGUGUGUCAGACCCCCUGCAACAUGACUCGCUAUGGCAAGGAGCUGUCCAUGGUUAAGAUCCCCAGUAAGGCAUCUGCUAAAUAUCUGGCUAAGAAAUUCAACAAAACUGAGCAGUAUAUUGGAGAAAAUAUAUUGGUCUUGGACAUCUUCUUUGAAGCUCUGAAUUAUGAGAAGAUUGAGCAGAAGAAAGCCUAUGAAAUUGCAGGGCUCCUCGGUGACAUUGGAGGUCAGAUGGGGCUGUUUAUCGGAGCCAGUGUCUUAACAAUACUGGAAAUCUUCGACUAUCUAUAUGAGGUGUUUAAGGAUAAGGUUUUGGGUUACUUCAUACGCAAGAAACGACCACAGCGUUGUCAGAGCGACAAUCUGGAGUUUCCAGAGAACCCAACCAGCCCUGGUGUCACGCCUAAUCAUGCCCCCAGAUGACUGUUGAUGUGAAGCACAAACCCUUGGAGAUCAGCCAUCACUUGAAAAGCCAACGACCGGAUGUCUAUGGUUGUGACUACCUUACAUGGCUCUUUGUUUUAGCUACACACACUGUUAACACGUGGAGUGUUCACUGCCCCUCAAUCGUUAAUGAUUAUAAUAGAAGCAAAUACUCCGAGAGGAGGCAGAGAGCGAUCACCUCGUGAAGAGACUUUCUAUCCAUGUUACUUUUCAGGAAACAAAAAAAAAAAAAGGGUGAAUCAGUGGCAGUUUGUCAUCAGCAAUAAGUGCACUGACUCAGAUUCAACUGUUCAAAUUGACGUGAAGAAAAAAAAUAUUUUGGGUCCCCAUUUUUUGAAUUCAUGACAUAUUUAACAGCUGGAACGGACGGUGACUGAACAGCUGUAAAAGGGACACGGAGGCCAAUUCAUGUUACGCAAUGAUGCUAUUCUGAUGAUGCUGCAUUGCCUUGAUGAUUUUCUCGAGUGUGUGCGUGUGUGUAGCGUUGUCGGGUUUAAAAAAGCAGAAAAGUGACCCAGCAUUUACCGCAAAACUGUGGAUGAAGGCUUUGUGAAAAUGUCCUGGGUCUUUACCUCUCUCUCCCCACCCCCUGCCUUACUACCAGUCAGAGAAAAAGCAGACUGUAUGUGAGCUGGAAGGAACUAUUAACUGGACUGUUUGUGCUCAAUUGAUAUUUACCACAUAGUUACGGCCAAGUAGAGAACAGUAUCCUAUAUAUUUCUUGUCGCCCGACACCUAGAUUUGACCUAUUUUUAUUUAACAGUUGACAGUUUAUGUCACAUCAGUCGCCCUGUUUUCUUCCCUGCAUGACCAUUGUGUAUUCCUACAGUAUUAUCUCUGGUCUCUUAAUGUAAUCUUAGCCAUGCUAUUCACUUUGUAAGGUCCAAAAAUGUAUUUUUGGAGCCAGAUGAAUCAAAAUGAGGGUUCUCCACAUCACGUGAUACCACAUCUUGAAUCUUUAUAGCAUAAUAGAAAAAUAGUCAAACCAGGCUUGGGAUCAUGCAAAACUCAAAAAGGAAAGAAAGAAUGCAGUGCAGAUGUAGGGAAACUGUAUUAUCUUUCUGUCAAUCUGUAGGGUAAUAAAUAAAUGUAACGUGGCUUGAAGUGAAAUGUGCCUUCAAGGCUGGUUCUGACAUCAAGGUUUUCAUGCGCACAAACGUCUGGGGAACUGAGCUUGCUUCAUCUGGCUCUAACGUGCUUUAUGUGCAUUUUAUUGUAGAUAUGUGAUUUUAACUCUGAACUGUACAUUAAAUAGUUAAUAACAAUUAACUAUGUGUAACGUAGUCAGUCUUAAGUGAAAUGGUCAUGAGCGUGUCAGAUUCCAAACCAAACUGUGCCACUUAAAAGGCCCUGAGGACGUUUUAUGACCUCCACACUGAGCGAUGUGAUCCUACAUGUGCAGAUCUGCACGGCAGAUGAAAAAGAACUUGUUUUUCUUUUCUGUUGUCAUUUUCAGUCACGAGUGCAUCGUGUUAACGCCAUGGGUCCCACCUAUCUGGCAUUUUCUGCUGCGCUCGUUUCAUGUACUGUGUUGUUUCAUCAGUGUGUUUGAUAAAAUAUAAUCCAACAGUGACAUCUCACUAACAAGCUAGUUUUUGGUUAAACGCAAGCUGUCAUUUCCUUUAGUCUGCACCCCAGUCAGAUAAAACAGGUGUCCAACCUAAUGCUGGAAAAAAGUGCUAGCGUCAAAUGUGUGUUUUAGAUUAAUUAGAUCUAUACACUUUGAAUUAAGAUGAAAAGCCAAAUUAAAUUGUAUAAAGGUGACAUGAUGCAGGGAUUUUCUGCCCAGACAUUGUAACUGGCUCAAUGAUGAUCACAUUACAGCUGGUUUGAUGGACGCUCCCUUAAAGGGUAACGCCACUAUUUUACACAUUACAGGUCUUGUGGGGCAUGACUGCAUGUGUGAUAAAAAGGAAUAUCCAGGCUUUUGUGGCUGCAUGUCAUCUGAUUAGUUGCCUCUAGUGAUGUCACUCAGUGGCUAAGUUGCAUUAAGGGUA